AUGAUAUCAACCUCGCCGCAUCAUACACCUUCUCUCUCCCCAUCCAAGGUAGACGUUUUGGUUACCCGAACAGUACCACCGCCACCACACGGAUCACUCCCCCUCCCUCAGCCCCCCAUCCCAUCCAACGGAGUCAUGAUUCUACUCGCAACCCCCCCUUCUUCUUCCCACCCUUUACCCUCUUUUGCAACCUCCCACCACGAUCGUCGUAUGACUCACCCAACCCUCUUCAAUGAAAUUCUCGUCGAUCCGGCUUUUGAUUCCAUGCGUUUUACACGAGGCCAGGACUCCCUGGUUCACCGGGUAACUUACUUCACCUAG